CGUCCUUGUAAGCCAGGCGGCCUGUUGUGGAGGAUCCUGGGGCUCGGAUUCUCAGCAAAACAAAGUUUUUGGUCCCAUCGCCUGGUGUUGGGAGCGGUGGAGCUCGCUUGAGCACAGCGCAGGAUCUGAAGUGCUUAAAUCCCACUGGGCGGCUGGGUGUGUUGUGCAAGCGCCACAAGUCUUAGAGGAGAACACCAAGCGAAAGGGAAAAAAAAUCCAAAACAGGCUUGAGUGGGAAGGAAACAGCGAGGAGGGAGAUGCAGGAACACUGGGAAAGAAAGUCAGUGAGGAUCCAAGCAGCAGAGGCAGAAGUGAGAAUUAGAGUAUGAUUUGAAUCAGUCAACAUGGACUUUUCACGUCUACACACGUACACUCCUCCCCAAUGUCUGCCAGAGAACACUGGCUAUACAUAUGCACUCAGUUCAAGUUAUUCUUCAUCUGCUUUGGAUUUUGAGACUGAAAACAAAAUAGAUCCAGUAUUUGAUUCACCAAGAAUGUCACGGCGUAGUUUACGGUUAGCUGCUGCAGGAUCUAGUAAAUCAGAUGAUGCACGAAGGGAUAUGCUUCAUGACAGCUCUUACGCCGGAAACAUGUCCUUCAGAGAACAGUCUUCUAACAUGGUGAAGCAACGCAAAAGUAUGAAUAAACAAUCUGGCAGUGUAAGACACACACCAAGGAAAAAUCUGUCCAGCUCUUCCAUUUUUAGCCAAAGCAGUUUCAAUAGCCAUGCCAGCGAUGCAUCAAUGGUAUCCACUGUAUUGGAUGAAUCUUUAAUUCGAGAGCAGACGGAAGUUGAUCACUUCUGGGGUCUUGAUGAAGGUGACCCUAAAGGUACUGAUACUACACUGAUGCAGGGAAAUGGUGAUACAGCAGCAGCAGAAAUGCAGACCCCAAUGAUCAAUGGCUACGCUUGCAGUGACUGCAGCAUGCUUUCUGAACGGAAGGAGGUUCUUACAGCAUACUCAGCUUCUCAUGUGCCAUCUUCCAGAAUUUACUCUAGGGAUAGGAGCCAGAAACAUGCAUCCAGAGGAACCUAUUUCUACGUGAGUAAGAUUCUGCGAUUGGUCAGACAUGCUGCAGCAUCUUUUGCGUCACUAUUAGUGCAACUAUUUCAAAUGGUUUUGCUGAAGCUGGGUUAUGAAUUUAAAGCUCACUCAGACUACUGUGGAAGCAUGAAUGUAAAGGAGUUUUACAGAGAAGAUAGCCAUCUGGGUGCAAAUGAGGAAUCAAUAUGUGAUGACUGUAAGGGGAAGAAACACCUUGAAAUACACACCACAGACCACAUGCAAUCCUCAUGGGCUAAAAGGGUAGCAAGGACCAUUUGGCACACCUUUUCUUAUGCAGGUUACUUUAUGCUUCACAUGUUGCGAACAGUGGGAGCAACGGGAUGGCUUGUGUCUCAGAAGGUGUUGUCUCUACUUUGGCUGGCCAUUCUUUCUCCAGGGAGGGCAGCUUCUGGCAUGUUCAGGUUGCUUAGAACUGGGUGGUAUCAACUUGUUACUCUGAUGUCUUUGCUCAAGGUGUUUCUUCUUAGAAGAUGCCUUCCGAAGAUCUACAAGCUAUUACUGUUUCUUAUCCCACUCCUGUUUCUACUGGGUAUAUGGUUCUGGGGGUUUGAUGGCUUCAUUUCAUUAUUACCUUCAUUGAACUGGACAAGAACUGAUAGAAUACAGCGAAUAGAUGAGACUCUUCGUGUUCCUGAACCACAAGCUGAUUCUUUUCACUCUGUGCAACCUCCAAAGGAUACAAUAAGCAUCUUUGAUUCUGGUCGUAUAAGAGAGCUGGAAAAGCAAAUGGCCUUCAUGUCUGACAGAUGCCAUCACCAUGAUGAAGAAUAUAGCAAAGUGAUGCUUCUACUUCGUAAUCUUCAAGAUCAGGUUGCCCAGAUGAGUGACAAAAGUGAAACAUUGAAGCUAAUAAAAAAUGUGAUAGGUCAACAUCUUAAAGAUAUGAAACUGGAGGAAAGGCCUGACUUCCUGGCUUUACAUAAAGAACAUGAGUUGCGCAUCCUGACGCUGGAAGACCUUCUUGGAAAACUCUCUUCUGAAUCCAAGGACAUCCAGAAGGAGCUUGACAUAGCCAAAGCAAAAACAGUGAGAGAUGAUGAUGAACAUAGUCAACUUCUGUCUAAAGUUAAAAUGCUAGAACUAGAGUUGUCUCGGAUGAAAUCGGAGCUGUUAGCUGGGGAAAGUGUGAAAAUGAGUUGUGAGAAAAUAGACGUCAUUCAUGAGAAAGUAGGUGCCCAGGUCAAAGAAUCUGUCAAGCUAAUGCUUUUUGGUGAUCAACAAGAAGACUUCCCUGAAUCGCUUCUCCAAUGGCUUAUGACCAAUUUUGUGAGCAAAAGUGACCUGCAGACUUUGUUGCGGGAUCUAGAGUUGCAGAUCCUCAAGAAUAUUACUCUCCAUAUGUCUGUUACAAACCAAAAACUAACAUCUGAAGUAGUAACAAAUGCUGUGACUAAUGCAGGGAUUUCUGGAAUCACAGAAGCGCAAGCACAAAUUAUUGUAAACAAUGCACUGAAACUCUACUCUCAAGACAAGACUGGUAUGGUGGAUUUCGCCUUGGAAUCGGGAGGUGGCAGCAUUCUGAGUACUCGCUGUUCUGAAACCUAUGAGACCAAAACAGCAUUAAUUAGCCUCUUUGGAAUUCCUCUGUGGUACUUCUCUCAGUCUCCCAGAGUAGUGAUUCAGCCGGACAUGUAUCCAGGAAACUGCUGGGCAUUCAGAGGAUCACAGGGGUACCUUGUUGUUAGACUUUCAAUGAAGAUCUACCCAACUGCCUUUACAGUGGAACACAUACCAAAAACACUGUCACCAACAGGAAAUAUCACCAGUGCUCCUAGGAACUUUUCAGUAUAUGGUCUAGAUGAUGAAUAUCAAGAAGAAGGUGAGCUUCUAGGACAGUAUGUCUAUGAUCAAGGAGGAGAACCACUGCAGAUGUUUCCAGUGAUGGAGAAAAGCGACAACGCAUUCCAAAUAGUGGAACUGAGAAUUUUUUCUAACUGGGGACAUGCGGAAUAUACAUGCCUUUAUCGGUUCAGAGUGCAUGGGAAACCUGCCCAAUAAUCUUCUACACUACAGCUUGGGUUGUUUUUGUUGUUGUACAUUUCGUUCUCAAUUUGUAUAUACCGGAAAGCAUAGAACACUGGAAUCCUUAAAGGACGAGGAUGAAGGAGAAAUACUGCAGAACUAUUGGUGAUCCUCUGAUAAAGGCAGAAGACUGUCAGCAGAACUGUAUAAUGAAUAAUUUUUAUUUGCUCUAAUGCUCAGCUUGUAAUUGCCAGUUAGCUUUAUAUUUUUGAGUCCAUGCUGAGAGAAACAAUGCAUGCAAACUACUCUGGUUCAUAAAGCUCAGUUGGCAAACAGGUGACACCUAUUUUAUUACAAAUGAAUGUAUAGGGUUUUUUAAAAGAAUAAACCACACUUUCUGCAACUAGGAA